CUCUUUCCCUGCACCCCGCCCCUUUACCGGAUCUCUCUAGUGUCCGCCAGGCCGCCUCCUUCAGCCGGCGCUGAGCCUCAGCCCGGUAGUCGCACGGAAAAGGGGGAGGGAGGAGAGGCGGCUGCGGCGGCCGGGAAGGAGCAUUGUCUGGGCAGGUGGAGGGAGAUACGUUGCCCCGCAGCCAGCAGCACCACCUGUCGCUUGGCUAGGAGCCCGGUGAAAGAAAAGAUGUUCUCCAGAUUAAGAGUAGUUGCCUCUCCUUGUACAUUGGCAUGUCGAAGUGUACACACCAAAGAAAAAGGAAAGCCAUUAAUGUUGAAUCCAAGAACAAACAAAGGAAUGGCAUUUACAUUGCGAGAACGACAAAUGCUUGGACUUCAAGGACUUCUACCUCCUAAAAUAGAGACACAGGAUAUUCAAGCUUUACGAUUCCAUAGAAACAUAAAAAGAAUAAGUGAUCCUUUGGAAAAAUAUAUCUACAUAAUGGGAGUCCAAGAAAGAAAUGAGAAGUUAUUUUAUAGGAUUCUUCAAGAUGAUAUUGAAAGAUUAAUGCCAAUAGUAUAUACCCCAACAGUGGGGCUAGCCUGUUCACAGUACGGACACAUCUUUCGGAGACCAAAGGGAUUAUUUAUUUCAAUCUCAGACAGAGGCCAUAUUAGAUCAAUUGUGGAUAACUGGCCAGAAAAUGAUGUUAAGGCUGUUGUGGUAACUGACGGAGAGAGAAUAUUGGGUCUUGGAGAUCUGGGUGUCUAUGGAAUGGGAAUUCCAGUAGGAAAGCUUUGUUUAUAUACAGCUUGUGCUGGAAUACGACCAGAUAAGUGCCUCCCUGUGUGUAUUGACGUGGGAACUGACAAUCCAUCGCUCUUGAAAGAUCCAUUUUAUAUGGGCUUAUAUCAGAAAAGAGAUCGCUCCCAGCGUUAUGAUGACCUGAUUGAUGAAUUUAUGGAAGCCAUUACUGACAGAUAUGGCCAGAACACACUUAUUCAGUUUGAAGACUUUGGAAAUCAUAAUGCUUUCAGGUUCCUGAGAAAAUAUCGAGAGAAAUAUUGCAUUUUCAAUGAUGAUAUUCAAGGGACAGCCUCUGUAGCACUAUCAGGUCUUCUUUCUGUACAGAAAGUUCUUGGUAAACCAAUCUCAGAGCAUACUGUCUUGUUCCUUGGUGCAGGAGAGGCUGCCCUUGGAAUUGCAAAUCUCAUUGUUAUGGCCAUGGUGGAAAAUGGUAUUCCAGAAGAAGUAGCACAAAAAAAAAUCUGGAUGUUUGACAAGUUUGGCUUACUAGUUAAGGGAAGGAAAGCUAUGAUAGAUAGCCAUCAAGAACCGUUUGCUCACUUACCUCCUGAAAACAUACCUAAUACUUUUGAAGAUGCAGUAAAUAUACUUAAACCUACGGCUAUUAUUGGUGUUGCAGGUGCUGGCCGACUUUUUACUCCCAAUGUGAUCAAAGCCAUGGCCUCAAUCAAUGAACGGCCAGUAAUAUUUGCAUUAAGUAAUCCUACAGCAAAGGCUGAAUGCACAGCUGAAGAAGCAUACACACUUACAGAGGGUCGAUGCUUAUUUGCCAGUGGUAGUCCAUUUGAGCCUGUGAGAUUAAAAGAUGGGAGACAUUUUAUCCCAGGCCAAGGAAACAAUGCUUAUAUUUUCCCAGGUGUGGCACUAGCUGUAAUUCUUAGUGGUGUUCGGCACAUCAAUGAUCAAGUCUUUCUAGAAGCUUCAAAGGCAUUAACAGAACAAUUGACAGAAAAGGAGCUAGCCCAGGGAAGACUUUACCCACGACUCUCUAAUAUUCAGGAAGUUUCAAUUAACAUUGCUAUUAAAAUUACAGAAUAUCUAUAUGCCAAGAAGAUGGCUUUCCGUUACCCAGAACCAGAGAACAAGACCGAGUAUGUUAGAUCAAGAAUAUGGCGAAGUGACUAUGAUUGCUUGCUGCCAGAUGUAUAUGAAUGGCCUGAAUUUGCAUCACAACCUCCCAAAAUAUCUGAAUAGAAACAUACAUACUUCCCUAAAGAACAUUUGCUAAGCUGCAGGGACCUCCCAGGAUCCUCUUUUUUUCCAGACCAAGUAGAGAAAAUGUUUGAGAUUUGCAGUUUUUUUCCCCCAUAUUUUGUUGUCUUACUACAUUUUGCUUGAUUUAUUUCCCCAAGUAUCUACAAAUCUUAUUUGUGAUAGAAUACAUCACCUACCUUGUUCAUGGAUUUAAAAAAAUAAGUUCAAAUGACUGUAAUGUUCUAAUACAAACUUGGAACAGAUACCGCACCAUAUAUGUUUAAAAUAUAUAUAUUUUUAAUACGUAUUUAUUUGUAUUCCCAUUCACUGCUGACUGCCAAAGCAAAGUUACUUCUGCCAUUAUGAUUAAUAAUCUUCUCCCAGCCAGUUCCUUCAGAAUUAUUUAAAAUUCACUCCUGUGGAUGUGAAUAACAAAUUUUGAAUUCUAACUGGAAGCAAGAAAUCCCUGUAAUUAGAAAAAUUUACACUUAUCCAAAGUGUAGAAGAAAGCUUUUCCUGGUGUCCAAAAUAUUAUUCCUUCAUUCAGGUGUUUUUAACCAUCUUUUUGUAAAUCUCUGACAGACCAGGUUGUGAGAUAGGAAAAGUUUACCAUAAUAUUUAUUUUCUCUAUAUGGCCUAAAAUAUUAUAUUGGUACAGUGAAAAGGGAGCUAGUAUUAGUCUUAGAAAAACUAAGGAAAUGGUCAGCCAGUCUAUUGAAAAAUACACCAAAAUUGUAAUGAGACCCUUUUCUUUUUUUAAUUUUGGUUUGUAAUUCUUAGCACCCUAGUUAAUUGCUCAGUCUUAAAGUUAUAUUCAGAAGCAAGCAUAAUUUACAAUACUUGCAUUUUCUUGGAUUUCAAGUGAUUCCUUAGGAAAGGGGUGUAACAUAGUAGAGGACUUAAUAUAAUGCCCCAUAUAUUCAUAAAUUAUUCAACUAAAUGUAUUGUCCCCUUCAUCAUCAUCACUUCGGGAAUCUAUGAACUUCCUCCAAUUGCCCUGCCAUUUCUCACAACAUUUUUAGAACUCCUUGGAAUUAUCUGCAGAGUACUGGGUUUUUUUGUUUUGUUUUGUUUUGUUUUUUACUAAAAUCUUCAUCCUUUGAGACAGAUUUGAGUUUUAGAAAUAGCCAAAAAUUGUUCAGAGGCAAGUCUGAUAAAUAAGAUGGGUUAUGAAGAUGGGUAAGGUAAUACCUUUUGCAGGCUAGGAAUUCAAGUAUGUCUAUAAAAUAGUGAGAUUAAUUUUCUUUCUUUUAAACUGCCUUUUGGAGGUAAUUCCAAACAAAAGAGUUCCAGAUUUGAAAAAUAAUAAUUAAUUGGAAGAAUACAUUUUGAUCAAUAUGGAACUUUAUAAUCUCAUUUCAAAUGUGUAAAUUAUUUGAUUUUCUCCAAAAUAUUCAUUUGCUUUAACAUUAUAGAAAAAUGUGUAAUGGUUAAUUUCUAUCCUUUGUUUCAUUUCUUCAGUAGAGAGAGUUGUUGAAAGAUUGAUUGAUGGUAUUCUGAGUAUGAUUAAGUGGUUAUUGAAACUCAGAAAACCUUCAGUUGAUCCCCCUUGUAUAAUAGGGCUAUACAGGAGAUUUGGUUUAGACAGGUAUAAAGGGAUGCCCUAAUUAUUCACCACUUAGAAAUCUGUUUCCUGUGAAAUAAGUAAAUUAGAUCCACAUUUGUACAUUUUUCAUACUUGGAAGAUAAAGCAUUUAAUUUUUUUUUUCUCAUUGAUCUUCAUUUAAAAUAAGUAGCCUUUAAAAUGAUCCUAUCCAUGAAAUUGUAAUAAUUUGAGGUUCUAAUAUAGUAUUAAACAAUGGACAUAAUUA